AUGAGUAAGCGUCAGUUUAAAAGAAAAUCUUUAGCAGAUAGAAUGAGCUUGGAAACAUUAUUCAGUGAAGAACAAAAACCUAAUAAAAGAAAUAAUGAAGAAAAUACAAUACUAAUUGGAAGAAAUAAAAAAAUAAUGGAAAGAAUAAAGAAAUUAUCUCAAGAAAAGUUAAAAACAAUUUAUGAAAUAUUAUUCGGAAUGUCACAAGGUUCAUCUAACUUAUUAAAAGAGAUAUUAAAUUUUAAAGGAUACAGUCAUAUCAAAAAAGAAUCACCUGAAAUUAUCAAAAAAUUAAUAAUAAAAAGACUUCUUCAAAGAACAAAAGCUGAUAUUAAACUCUUUGCUAAAAUAUUUAGAUUCGAUUUAAAUGAAGAAUAUAAUGAACUUUGUUCUAAAAUAUGUGAUUAUAUUUUUAGUCCUUAUUUUGUUGAUAUCAAUGCUAUUUCAUCAAAUGUAACUCAAGACACUUCAACUAAAACUCCUCUUCCUCAACCCCUAAUUGUGCCAACUACAGAAAACCAAUCACCUAAAACAUUAAAACCACAAUCAAAAAGAAAAUUAAAAGAAAAAAUGGUUCUUGAAAACUUGAAAACUCCAAAAAUUGAAGUAGAACAUUUGAUUCUGGAAUUACAAAAAGAUAUUGAAACAGGAUUAGGGUAUUCAAUGAAAAUCCCUCAACGACCAUCUCAAAUUGAUAACUCAAAUAAAGGUCCAAAAAAAGAAUCAAAAAUUCCUUCUACUUCUUUAGUUCAAAAAAAAAAUACUAAAAGGCAGUCAAUAGUCAUGAAAAUUGGUGAUUCAGAAGACACCACAGAGUUAGAAGAAUUUGUUUUAUAA